AUGGGCGUUGGAGACAUGACAGGUUUCUUCAACACCUAUAACCCUCAAAAUGUGCAAGGGUGGCUCGACACUCAGGGACACUACAAAGUCCCUGAAUCCAGCUGGCCAACAACACAAUUUAAAUGCAAAAAAGAUGUCGACCAAACGAGUGUCGCCUCAGUGGACGACGUUUUGAGCGUAAGCGACUCGUCGCAAGGCUCUACCUCCUCCGACUCAUCUAGUCAUACGACAUGGACAAGCGCUACCGACUUGGGUGAAGUGUUUCUCGAAGACGACGAAAAGGAUGAACAGCAGUCGCGAUGCUUGUCUGGUCCCGAGUCGCAGGACUACUUGCUGAAAGGUCUUCACACUAGAGAGGAGAUAUCUUGUAGCACCCGGUUUCCAUCGGCGCAACUUGACCAAAGCGCUCCGUCAAAGGUUACAGGCUGCUCGAGAGUCCCUUCGCAAAGUACACGGCCACCUCGUGGUGGAGAAAUCACUCUCGAACCACAGUUCCGGAAAUCUAGCUCUCGACGAUCAAACUCCUCAGGCAAGAGCCUUUCAGGACCCUGCAAGUUGAAGCGAGACACAGAUGUCACCGAUCAUUUCGUUGCCCUCCUCGUCUGUUUCGCCACGAGGUUAGUCACUGCCAUUUGGCCCAUGUCUGCCUGCCCGCCAAUGUCAUCGACGUGCUUCAACGGAGCCGGCGUUCUUCCUCUACGAGUCUUUAUCCAGGAAACCUUGAGGCGAUCCAAGACAAGCUACUCGACUCUACAAGUAGCCCUCUAUUACCUGGUGUUGCUCAAAUCCAAGCUACCAUGCGCGAGCGCUGAAAAUGAAUCCCCAUGUCGCGCCAUGCAAUGUGGUCGGCGGAUGUUCUUAUCAGCCUUGAUGUUGGCCUCCAAAUACCUGCAAGAUAGAAACUACUCUGCUCGAGCAUGGAGUAAGAUAUCUGGACUGCGCAGCAACGAGAUCAAUGAGAACGAAAGGGAGUAUCUACAGCUCAUCGACUACGAGCUGCAUGUCCCCAAAGAGUCCUUUGAUGUCUGGAGCAAGAUCGUAUUGUCUCUCAGUAGGGUAACUAAGGAACAACCUCAAUGUCGUUCUGGCUCAAUGUCUCCCGGGUCUUCCCCGCCUGGAAGUGGAUCAAGCCAUAUUCUGGCCGAUAUGGUCUCCCAAGUCGGUUUGGACGAAACCACAGGCGCUCACACUUUCACCGAUGCGUGGUGGACGGAUGUCAUUAGCCAGCUAGGGCCUGGCCUUGUCAAAGACUCAAGCCUAGCUGAUGAUUUCUUGCGGAGAAACCUACCGGCAGAUCAGAUGGCGCAGAUCUCUGCUUACUAUCUUGAGAAGCACGGCAAGGAAACUCCAACGACCAGUCCAGAGACAGCUCGGGUUUAUGAUAUCAACUUCAGCGACAGCUUCAAAUCGAGCACGGCUAGACAAGAGCCUACCACUCCACAAAACCCGAUUGAGAUGAGUCCUGCUCGCGCCUCUGGGCUACCAGUGCGACCUCAUCUACGAAAUCUUCCUACACCACAGACAACUCCACGAGUUGGCGAUAGUUUUCAAUGGGCUGGCAAUGGUGGUAAACCUUCGCUUCGCUGUUCUGCGUCUGCGGAUGCUCUGCGCAACAUGCGAAAGCAAUGUUUCGUGAACGCAAACCUCGAACGCUGUCCUCCACCCCGACCUCAAGGCUGCACGCUACCAUCGAUGAGAACUCUUCUACGUCCUGCAGAGACAAUGAGGGAGUAUUCCAACCGAUCGACCUCGUCAGCUUCACCCAUUUCGGUCGUCUCUGAGACACCGUCACUGACUUCCCGAUCAAGAUCAUCAUCAAUCUCGUCGAAUUCAUCCUGGUCUUCAUCAAUGCGUUCCAAAGGUGGCUCAGCCGAGCAAUUCAGCUCUACCCUGGCGAGGAUGUGCUCCUCAACAGAAGAGAUAUCGAAAUUGCCUUCUGCAACGUUAUCGCAACCGGUUGUUUCUUUCCCGAAGUUCUGUGACGAGGGAUAUGGCAGCAGCGAGGAGCCUCUUCCGAAGACUUCAAAGCAACAUCUCUCAACUAGCAACGAAGUAGAUGCUUUGCAGGCUCUGAUGUCGCUGUCAACGCAUUCUGAAACUCCAAGUCAAAGUGUCACUCCUACUCCUCGGCGACUAGCAGAGCAGAGCAUUCUGGGAGUGCGACCUGCAAUCAGCAGCUCUCCGAGAGGUCAUAAGAGAACUUUGUCAAGGACCAAUGAGAACAUUCAGAAUCAAGUACGAAGAACGCUGACCGACCCCCGAAUGGUUUGCAACAUUAUUGAUGAUGCAGUCAAGCCGAACCGUGACAGCACCCCCAGAGAGUGGCAAUUGCCGGCAAGAAGUUGGGCAGAACCCAGAAGGGCAUUGCCAAACACUUCAGACAACAAGCGAGUUGCGACAUAUUGCUCAAUACAGCAAUUUGCAUCUGCUCCGGACCUUGCGGCACAAUAUCUCCAAGAUUCAAUCUUCACAGCGUCUUGA